CUUCCCUCCUAUUGCUCCUCCUCAUCGUUUUCUUCUUCUUAGUAUUACAGUUACACAUUUAAUCCUUCUCGGCUUUUCUUCGCUGAAUCUAAUUCCAUCUCGGUAUUAAUAUUCUAUGUAUCGUUUUAUCGCACUUUUUACUCGUGAUGUCACGGCUUUGUUUUCGUCCUCAUCUUUGUCUCCGCGGCACGGUGGGCGGGCUUUGUCCCCUCGUUUUUCCUUUUUCUUGCCGAAGGUGUUUGAGCACGGCUCGGUCGUACUCGUAUUCGUCUCGGUGCGAAUCUGGGUUUGGUUCUGGGUCGGUGUGGUCGUCUACCAUGGGAUGGCAUGGCAUGUCACGAGAUUUGGUAGCUUAGUCGGGUGCGUGGGCGACGCGUGUAUGUGCGUUCGUGGGGUUUGCAAUGUCAAUUAGUCGACGAGAGAUAGCACCAUGUGUUUCCACCCUGUGAGAGAGUGUC